CCCAGAGAGCAGGGGAAAUUAAUAAUUCAGAAUCGAAACUAUGGAGGAGCAGAGCUUGGAAGCUGGACUGCUGAAAAAUUCAAAAUCUACAACGUACCAAAACGGUGAGUCUAGCAGCAGUGAUUUCUCACUGGAACGGACAACCUGCUCUGUCACUCCCGGCAUUCUACUCAGCACCUUCGUCGCCGUCUGCGGCUCCUUCUCUUUCGGCUGCAGUGUGAGUUUAAUUUCGAUUCUGAUGGGUUAUUCAUCCCCAGCUCAAUCUGGGAUUACGAGGGACUUGAACCUUUCUCUGCAACAAUAUUCAUUUUUUAGUUCAGUAAUGACAUUUGGAGGGAUGAUAAGUGCAGUAUUUAGCGGGAAGAUAGCUUCUCUCAUUGGUCGAAAACGCACAAUGUGCUUCUCUGAAAUAUUUUGCACCAUGGGCUGGCUUGGAGUUGCAUUUGCUGAGGAUGAACUGCUGCUGAAUGUUGGGAGAUUCUUCUUAGGAUUUGGAGUCGGUUUCAUUAGCUACGUGAUUCCUGUAUAUAUUGCAGAAACAACACCAAAAAAUAUUCGUGGAAGUUUUACAUUCACGAAUCAGUUGAUGCAGACUUUUGGAUUUUCAUUUGUGUUCUUAAUUGGGAACGUGGUUAACUGGCGCACCUUGGCACUCAUCAGUGCAAUCCCAUGCGGGAUGCAGGUUAUCGGAUUGUUCUUCAUUCCAGAGUCUCCGAGAUGGCUGGCAGAAGUCGGAAAACAAAAAGAGUUAGAAGCUGCUCUGCACGGUCUCAGAGGUAAGAAUGCUGAUAUUUCUCAAGAAGCUGCCGAAAUCACAGAAAUCGCUGAAACCUUUAGAAGAGAAUCAAAGAGUGGAAUACUAAGCUUGUUCCAAAGAAGAUAUGCUCAUUCACUCAUUGUUGGAGUAGGGUUGAUGUUCUUGCAGCAGUUUGGAGGGAGCUCGGCUGUGACAUCUUACGCAAGUAGCAUAUUCGACGACGCUGAAUUUUCAAGCGACGUCGGAUCAACAAUGUUAGCCAUUCUCAUGAUACCAAAAACUUUAGUGGUCUUACUCUUGGUAGAUAAAUGGGGAAGAAGACCUCUCCUUAUGAUUUCUGCUGUAGGAAUGUGCUUGUUUUGCUUCCUUCUUGGGUUGGCAUUCUGGCUGCAGGCAAUGAAGCAUCUGGAGGAACUCACUUCAAUUCUGGCAUUUACAAGCGUACUGGGGUACCUUAUAGCUUUUGCAAUAGGCAUGGGAGGUUUACCGUGGCUUAUAAUGUCCGAGAUAUAUCCAAUCCAUAUAAAAGUACCAGCAGGAACACUAGUGACCAUGUCAAAUUGGUUUUUUGGGUGGAUUGUCGUUUACACCUUCAACUUUAUGCUGAAAUGGAGUUCAUCAGGAACAUUUUUUGUAUUCUCAGGAAUUUGUGGUGCAACGAUUAUGUUUGUAUGGAUGCUGGUGCCGGAGACUAAAGGAAGAACUCUGGAGGAAAUACAAGCAUCCUUUUCCGAUUUUCAACUCACUUGAAUCAAUUAAUUUCUUCUAUUUUAUUUUUUGUGUACGUAUUUGUAUAUGUAUAUAUA